GAGGCCAUUUUGAGGAGCUCGACCUGCAAACAUCGGACGCUGACCGUUGUUACGCAGCACAGUUCAACUCUUUUUUUGUAUUUUAAUCAUAGAGUUUGCUAAUAUAAGGAUCAAUGUCUCGAUUCAACAAUAAUCGUGGUGGCUUUGCGAUGAAUCAUUCCCAGCAACGCAGAGGAGGCGGUGGGCCAGGCGGCCCUAUGAGGGGUGGGAUAAUGGGAAACCCACAUUUCAGGAACCAUCCUUUCCAGAACCAGAAUCAAAACCAAAAUCGGAGGGGAGCCAAUAACAACUUCAUCAGACCUUUGAAUCAGGGGCAAAAUACCCCACAGAAGCCGCAACCUAACCAGUCACUGCCAAUUAUUCCUCCACCAACUCCUGGCCCUGCUCUCACUAUGAAGGGGCCGAUGCAGCAGAUACAGAAACCAGCACAACAGACCAACGCAAUACCGGCAAAGCAACCGGAGCCGAAACUGGCAACCCCUGCACUGCAGCCGACGAUUGAGUCACCUCCACCGAAACCCAACAUCACGUCUCCACCACCGAAACCCAACAUCACCUCUCCACCACCAAAACCCAACAUCACUUCUCCUCCACCGAACCAGGUGAACAAGAACCAGAACCAGCAGCUGAAGUCGCCGAUGGGAGACACAAACGGGAAAAAGCAGCCUCCACAUCCGACCCAAAAGCCAGGGCCUCCGCAAGGCCCCAAACCCCCCCAACAAAGUCCGAGGUCCGGCCCCAGCCAUGGCAAUAACGGCCAGCGAGCAGGCCCUCAUCAAGGCCAGAGGACAGGCCCAUUCCAGGGCCAGCGGACAGGACCACCGGCAUUUAGGCCCGAACGGGAUCCAGGCGUAAGAAUGUCCACAAACAACGACGAAGCCGAGACCGACGGCAGCCAGGAUAAGGCCUUCAGGGCAACCCUCUCCAUGCUGCUGAAGCCUGGCGAGAAAACGUACACACAGAGAUGUCGCCUGUUCAUUGGGAAUCUGCCCAACGACAUCUCGGAGGAAGAUUUCAAGAAGCUGUUCGCAAAAUAUGGGGAGCCCAGCGAAGUUUUUAUCAACAAAAGCAAAGGCUUUGGAUUCAUCCGACUGGAAUCCCGUGCACUUGCAGAGAUAGCUAAAGCUGAGUUGGAUGACAAGCCAAUGAGAAGCAGACCCCUGCGUGUUCGAUUUGCCACACACUCUGCUGCAUUGUCUGUGAAGAACCUGUCACCAUUUGUUUCGAACGAGCUCCUGGAGGAAGCCUUCUCGCAGUUUGGAAUGGUUGAGCGAUCCAUUGUCAUCGUGGAUGAUCGCGGACGCCCCACAGGCAAGGGAAUUGUUGAAUUUGCUUCCAAACCUGCUGCUAGAAAGGCAUUGGAUCGUUGCAACGAGGGUGUCUUCCUUCUCACCACGUCCCCACGGCCUGUUGUUGUGGAGCCUCUGGAGCAGUAUGACGAUGAAGAUGGUCUCCCAGAAAAACUGGCACAGAAAAACCCCAGAUAUCAAGCGGAGCGUGAGGAACCUCCUCGUUUUGCUCGUCCUGGCACUUUCGAAUACGAGUACUCCAAGCGCUGGAAGUCCCUGGAUGACAUGGAGAAGCAGCAGAGGCAGCAGGUGGAGAAGAACAUGCGCGAGGCCCGUGACAAGCUGGAGAGCGAGAUGGAAGAUGCCUUCCACGAGCACCAGGCCAGCCUGCUCAGACAAGAUCUGCUAAGGCGACAGGAGGAACUGAGGCGCAUGGAGGAGGUGCACAGUCAGGAGAUGCAGAAGAGGAAGGAGAUGCAGAUCAGACAAGAAGAAGAGCGACGCCGGCGGGAAGAAGAGAUGAUUCGCAAGAGGGACAUGGAAGAACAGAUGCGCCGCCAGCGUGAGGAGAACUUCAGGAUGGGCAACUUCAUGGAUAGGGACAGGGAAAUGAGAAUGAAUCCUGGCAUGAAUGAUAUGCCCUUUGGUGGAGCCAACCAGAAGUUCCCAAUGGGCUUUGAGGGACCGAAGGGAAUGGGACCAGCUGCAGGAGGCCUGAUGCCCAACGAAAUGCGCAACGAGCGCUUUGCCCAGGGCGGUCCUAGGGGAAUGGGUCCUGGUAACCCCGGGUUCGGCAGGGUCCGCGAGGAGUUUGAUGGUCCUGCUAAGAAACCCCGUUUUUAAAUGCUGCUCUUUGAAGCUUCCAGCAGCACCAUUUGUAUAGGUUCUCCACAACAAACAUGUCGAGUCGCAUUUCUUGUAUUUAAGUUUAAAUUGUUGCUACAUUUUUAGCCUGACAAUUUACUCAUUUUAUGACAGUCAAUAUUUUCCUUUUUUAUUUUUUAUUGUCAGUAGUAUGGAAAGAUGGAACAGCCUUGUGUGAUCGUUAGCUCUUCCUGACACAUGUAUACUUUUCUUUUCUAGAUGUAUUAUGCUCUGUGAGUCGCCGUGAAGUGAUAACUGUAUCCAUUUUCGCUACCUUCUAUGGCUGUGUUUUAUGCCAUACAUUUGGAGUCAAAGCAUGUAUUAUAAUAAAGAGACAUUGGUUGUGUCCGGCAAAACGUUAACAUUUAUUUCUUAAAGUUUAAACUAUAAACCUUUAAUAUGUUCCAAAAGCAACAACAUACUGACAACUAGUUGUUUGUAAUUGACGUGGCUAUUUCUGCCACGAUGGGUCUUAAAGGAUCUAUGUGUUAUCUCUGCCGAAGUCCUAAACCUCAUUGGCUCAGCGACGCGUAGCCCCGCCUGAUGCAUAUGGUCACUGCAAAUUAAGUCAUUUGCUUCUUCUUCUGUUUUUUAUUCCCAUUUAAACUCAAUGGACAAGCUGACAUGAUUACAAUUGGCAUUCUCGAUGUAAUAUAAGUGUUUAUUAGACUUAAGAAAAAUAAGUAAGUGAGCAGUGAUGUGUUAUUGGUAAAGGGCAUUCGGACAUUUAGCUUCUGCAAGGCUACUCUGCCUUCAACACUUGGAACUGUACAGGAGAUGCAAUAUUCUUAUUUUACUUCAAUAUGCAACUCUGUGUUUUUUCUCCACAAACACAUAUUAGAAGCUAUGGAACUCUCCUCUUUGAACCUGCCAUUCUGAAGUGGUUUAAGCAUGGUUCAUGCACUGUAUUUCAGUAACUCUUCUUUUACAGACAUGUUUCAGGAAAGCAGAAAUACUACACAUAGGUCCUUUAAGAAAGGCUUGUUUUGUGGUUGUGGGUAGCCAACUACACACUCAUCAUCUUAUAAAAACAAAUGCUUUUAUCAGAUACUGAGUGACUUACAGGAAAUAUUAGUGCAUCCUUUGAGCAAUAUUUGAAGGCUAAUGACUACGUUCAGAUGCAGUCCAAUACAAUAUUUAAAAAUGUAAGGAUCACCGCGUUUUCCUUUGUUUCAAAAUUGUACAUUUUGAAACAAAGUUACUGUUGGCAUCUUCUUGGUAGUUGAAGGGUUGUUUUGAUAAAUUGAGGACAGCGAAUUACAAAUUAAAAAACCAAAGCAAUCCACCGAGAUGUGCAUUACGCUUUUGAAUACCCUCAGUCUGUUAGCAUUUUCCUUAAUUAAGCCUCAGUUGGUCUUUCGACAGUGAGACCAAUAUAUAACGAUGCAUUGUAUACAGCUCUACAAUACUUAUCAGUCUUUUUUGGUUUCCAUGUGAAAAAGUUGCGGUAUAGAGCACCACAGGGAUGAUGUAUUUUUGUAGGCCGACCCGGAAGUAAGCUGCACAUGGGUUCCCUCGACAAAAAAGCAAUGCGAUUUCUCCAUAGGGUUUUGGAACAUUGUAAAAAAAUCAGAUCUGUGGAAAACCAACCUGUUUGAUGAAUGCAGGUUUUGUUCAGCCGGAUAAUCUCCACGUCUACCCUACUUCUAUAAUAUUUGAAGCAUGAAUCUAAUCGCCAGAAGCAAAAUGCUAACGUUAUGCUAAAGCAGGGUAGCAGGACUUCAACGUCCCGCCAACUUAAGAUUGUUUCAACUGACUUUCGUGCGCUUGCUUAUUUUAACAAAGCUUUUCCUUUUAGCUACACUGAACUAGAAGUAUUUCAAGCAGAACAGGGGGAAACAAACUUAGUGGGAAUGUUUACAUGUUCGGCGUACUGACGUACAACCUCCUCGACAAACUCUGUAGUCCUAUUCAGCUGCUUGUUAGCAACCAUUGUUUUUCAGACACGUAAACUCUUCAAAAAUCACCAGUGGGGGGGGGGGGGGUAUUUAUUUGAUGUAUUUAAUGUCAUAGAGCAAAAUAUGAUGCUUAUCUGAAAUUUGUCAACCACAGACCUUCGAGCCAUUUUCCCAAAUCCUAUGGAGAAAUCACAUUCACUCUGAGACGAGGGAACCAGAAGUUGUAAAAUGCUAAAUAACUUCUGGGUUUUAGGACUCGUUCCUGCGGCACUCUAUUACUUGGUAUUUUUUGCUAUCUUCAGUCGACAUAUCAGGCAAGCUAAGCUUGCACAUGAAUGAGCUCAAACACUGCAGGCCAAUGAGAAUUGAAAAGUAACCUACUGUUAGCGAGCCCAAUUUUAUUUCUAUUGACUCAACCAAGAUUAUAAUGACCGUCUAUAAUAUAACAUACCUGCAUCUAAACAUAGUCCUAUUCAGUCAAAAUACUUAUUUUUGGGUAUAGUUAUCAACAGCUUCUAUGUUUAACUAAAUUGAAUGUUGAUACAAUAGAUACAAUAUUUGUUGGCAUAAUUACAUGCUAUCAAGUUAAGACUGUGAAGGAGCUCCGUUAUAAGAAAGAAAAUAUAAAAGGAUUUAGGAUUUUCAGUUGCAUGAAAUGAGUAUAACAUGAGUCAGCAAGACAGCCAAUAUUGUAAAAUCUUGCCCUUCACAAAAGUUGAAGAUAACAAGGUUGCAAAGCAUUUAUUAUCCUGAAGAAGACGAGAACGUUCUCCCUACGCAAGGUCAACUGCAUUGAUGUGGUUUGAACUGCAGUUGAAUACCGUGCCAAUGUUGGAUGCACCUUUUUCUACUUUUUGUAACUGACAAGAGAUGGUGUUUGGGAAUUCCCUUUUUACAACUUGUCGCUUUGCAAAAAGUCACAAUUCUUUACUUUCAUCAAUUCUAGAUUGAAUUGGUUUAUAUUCCUUCAUAUCAUUAAUUGGGUGCCCGCUUUGCAUUAAAAGAGACAACGUGUGUUAAGCUGUAGUUGCGUCAAUGUCAUCUGUUGCAAUAUUGUAGGACACAAUAAGUUUCAAAAGAAAAUACAAUCUUAUUUAAACUGCCGUCAUGGGUGCUUUGUGCCCAGUAUGGAGAGCCUUCAAAAACGUAUUUGAACUAGAGGGCACUUGCGGAGCACAGCCCUCUGCCAAGGCCCAUCGCUUCAUCACCGUGUCUUUAUUGGCCCAUGCUACACCCUUCCACCAAAUGUAAUGAAAAUUGCAGCAGUUUUUUUCCAUAAUCCUGCAAAGGGUCCAGACCGAAUCCUUGGUGAAGGUAACAAUGAGCUUUAUAAGAUCUUAAAAAAGAGCCUGCUAUUUCAAAAAAUCAAAUGAUUGGCUAAAGUCUUCCUGCAACUGAUAUUCAAAUGAUAACUUUUAUGCCCUAUUUGGACCCUCCCCAUGAAUAAUGUCAGUACCCGGUCUGAAGUACUUUGACAUUACGUUGGCAUCAAACGGACAUUGGCUUGCCUCAGCAAGCAUUUCUGAGAGUUGUGUGAUAGGAGAUGGGCUUGAAAGUGAGUGUAAGUAUUUUUGUAUUAACCACAUUUGAGAACUAAGUAUACUUUCAUCUUACUGUGUUUUUCUGAUGGAAAUUGAGAAUUUGCUCAGAAAAGCCCUUUUUUUUUCUUUUUGGCGGUGUCCUGAUCAACAGUUUUUGGUACAGUGCUUUUUUUAAACUGUAAACAUCCACGGGCUGACUUUGGACAAUAGUUGGACCUAUAAUUGGAGGACCACAGUGAUCAGUGCAGUAAUAGUUCUUUUCAGUUGCCUAAUAGCUGCCAAAACAUUAAAGUAUGUAAGACGCAAAGAAACUUAAACAUUACUUGAACGUCCUCAUGCAGUGUGAAUUUACUCUGCACAAUAACAAACAAUAUAAAAGCAUUUGUGCAUUUCACCCCCUUUCAUCUAAUUAAUAUUACUUUUUGAUUAUGCUGAAAAAGUGUUAUCCUUCCGCAAGGCUUCCCUUGUCAACAACAAUUUAUGAAGGUGUUAGGAGAAUCAUGGAGAGCUCAGACCUUGGUGUAUCCAACCAAUUAUCGGGAUCUUUGCUAAUGAUGCUGUUAAUCAAAAUCUAGACAUUCUGGCACGUCCCUUAACCCUCUGAUAUUUCCAACAAUACUGAAAGCCAUUUUUUCCAGGUCCAAGUUACCCUCUCUUGGCCCAACAGUAAAAAUAGAGUAUUUUAAACUGAAUCUCUUUUAUCCUUAAACACCUUGACAUUGUUUCAAAAUUGUCACUAAUCUGAGCCUAAUCAUUUUAAAGUUGUUAAACGUCCCACACACUUUCAGAGCUGCCAGUUUAAUUCCCACUACAGAAAAAAAACUUCUGUAAAAUGUUGAUACCUCAUCAUGUCCUUGCCAUUUUUACUGUGUAAGAAUCGCUACUUAUCCUUCCCCUUUGUGUGGGCUCUAAGAAACCUGAAAAACACACCGGACUAUGGAUACAUGGUGAUAUAAUUGGAGAUCAAAGAGUGUUCAUCUGUAAUGUGACGUGUGUUUGUGUUAUGUACAUUUUUCUUUAACAGGUUUGACCAGCUUUAAAGAUUGUGGACUGUGGAGGAAUUUGUGGCUGUAUAGCGUGGAUGCUUUAGGCUAAAAGAAAACUUGACACUGGACUCGUGUACAAAUUUACUUUAGUAAGACUCACAAUAGAACAUGUGAAAGGCAAGAAAUUCAGGAUGCCGACAUGUUAGCCUUUGAUAAGUAGAUCUAUCUAGCUUUGUGGCAAUCCUUUUGCAAAACAUGGAUAUAGAUUUGGAGAGAUAACCUCUGUUGAAUACAAGACAACCAUGACAGAUUGCAACUUUAUUUAUUUCCAAUGUCACUCAAGAUGUUAAAACGGAAUUAUGCCUAAAACUUGAGGGUUUAUUUAGUUUUUAAAAGCCAGUAAUUGAGUUUUCUAUUUUUCUAAUAUGUUUGAAGACAUUGCUGUACCUACAUGAUUGCUCUUCUAGUAAAGGUUUUCCCAGUUUGGUUUGGGUUAAGUUAUAUUUUCUGAAGAGAGCCAUUCCAAAAUAAGUUCACUCUGGAAAAAGUUCACAGCAAUUGUCGUAAAAGAUCCAUUUGUAAAGAUAAGUCCAAAUCUCUCUGGUAAUGCAGCAUUACACUGUUGAAAGCUUAAGGGGAUUCCACAUGUCAAUUUUAGUUGUUAGUCUUUUUAGUUUAAAUGUUUCAUAAUUUGUCAAGCUUCCAUUUUCUUUUUUGGACUUCAUUACAGUCCAUUAAUUUGAAAACUUAAAAUGAACAGCAACAAAGGAUUCAGUUUGGUAGUCUUAUUUGGUAAAUAUAUAUAUAGUCCUGUGUCUGAUUCAACGGACAGAUGUUUAACCAGAUUUUCUGAGUUAACUUAACUUGACCUCCGGAAUCUGUGUUUUCACAUUGAAUGCAAAAACUGUGGGGGGAACAAGUGAGUUGGUAAGACAAUUAGUAAGUAUCAGAGCAUUGUAAGGAAACAUGAAGAUAAGCAAGGACUAGUUGAACAGAGACGUUUUGCUCCAACAGCAUCUGAACAUCCUGCAACGUAGUACAAGUGCUCAUUGAAGUGACCCAGGUAUAUCUUUUAAAACUUUGAAUGUUAUGUCUGUGUUGGUGUUGUGUACAAAUUGUUUUUCUUUAACAGGUUUGACCAUCUUUAAAGGUGUUGGACUGUGAGAAGGAACUUUCCAAACCAAGACAAAUCUGUAGCUUCUAAGCUGUUGAUGAUGAAAACUCAAGGACCAACUAGAACUUGUUUUUGAAAGACUUGGAUUAAUGUUUAAUCAUGAAAUGCUGCGCUUUGAUCGCAGCUUGUAAAGUUUGAAGAUGGAGAAUCUUUACUCUGGCCAUCCUUUACGCACUAAAACCCUAAGCUUCCCAUGUUGCAGUAUAUUUUCCCUUAAUGUGUUAAUGCAGUUGAAAAGAAAACCACUGACUUUUUUUGAUAAUGGCCAUUGUCAGUAUCAGUCUAUGCAGGCAUUAAGUUGUGAAUUGAUUUCAGAUGUUUGGACAGGGUUUUCUCUUAUGGCCAACACAUUCUGACUUUGUUAUUUACGUUGAAAUAUUGGCAAUAUUCAUCAAAAGAUGUUAUACCAACUAGUAACGGCCCUUGUUAAAGUUAAAAACCUGUAAUGUGUUUUUGCCAACACACUUAUUAGCCUUUGUUAUUUGAGUAAAUUGGUAACCAAAGCUUUGACGCUGACAUUCCUUACUAGAAGUUAAGAGUGAAGCUUUGUUCAUUGCUAACCACAUUGAUCCAAGUACACCAAGUAUAAUGGCAGUUCAGCACUGGGAAUAAAUACCGCCCAUUUAGAUUGCAUUGUGGUAGUUUAAUCAAUGCUAUGGCUCUAUUAAUUGGCACUAUAUUACCGAGAUGAAUACAAAGGCAGUUGAGAACACGUAGCAGAAUACACAGGACCUGUAUCGGAGGUUGAGAUCAGGGAUAUCCCUUAUUACCCACAUAUUUUGACUGCAACGUUAAAGCAAAGCUUUGACAAAGUAACUAUAGUAAAAAAGUUAACAUGGACAUCCCAUAAUGCAACACAUUUUGGCAUAGCUUGACACUGACAUGCCUGAAGAAUAGUUAUCCAAGGACUCAUGCCUUUCCAUCUCAUUUGCACCCAUAUUUGUUCUAACUUUUGGAAAAUCCCUGACCUUGUUGGAGCAAAACAACACUAGUGGCCCUGACCGACCCCCCCCCCCAUUCACCAACCUACCUGAGACAGGAAGUCCCGUACACCUAACGGUUGAAGAGAGGAUGGCGUGUUGUGUGUGUGUGUUUCGUGUCUUUGGUUAAAUGAGAGAUGUGUAGCUGCUGUCAGCCAGCUUGUCAGAGACAGGCUGCCCCAGUCCACAGUAGAGGCUCUUCUCUGCAGUUGGGUUACAUUGACGAUGGGUAGUUCUGCAGAAGUCAGUGGACAGUAAAGCCUGGACUUGUUUGCACUGCAGCCAGAGGUAUGCUUACACAGAUCAGCUGAACAAGUAAGGUAAGUGUUCCAUCCAUGUUUAUAAUACCAGAUGCACAGUUCUCCCCUAACUUAACUCUUCUCUCCGUCCUCUCUUACACCACGUUGCUGUUCAGUGACGCUCACAGGGCUUCUGGCAUCACACUUGCAAAGAAUGGCAUCACAGUGCAGAUUUCUGUUUUUCAACCUUUUUGUGUGUGGAUGUGGCAACUCAUUUUAGACCGUGCAGUGUGUGUAUGGUUGUAGUACUUUGGCUUCUCUGUAUGUAUGCAUGAACGGUACUAUGUAUGGACUGCUGAGUCAAUGGUUCAACACUAGUUUCUAAAAAAGGGUGUGCUGCUGUCAGUUUGUGAGAGCACUGCUUGAAUGCUUCAAACAAGGUAACCAGUAUUGGAAGGAUUAAAUCUGUACGAAAUGUCAAGUCUCCUCAUUCAGCUUGUGCUGAUUUCUUAGGUAAUUUUUGCUGAAUGUUUUCUGCAAUAUUUAAAAGCUAUUGAGCUUCAGUAAUAGGCAGGCUGUGUGCAACAAUGACCAGACAUGAGUCAAACUCAAAUGGCAUUUAUUUAAGAGCUUUCUGGGUAGUUUUGUCUUUGUGCUCACAUCUUUUUUAUAUCUCGAACAGUCGUAGUGCUGUGUGGACAGUUUGCAGGCUACUUUUUCACGUCUAUUCACCUUAAGUACAGUAGUCCCAUUGUGGUUCACAGAACCAUGGUCAACAAUAAAAACCAUUGUAAUUAUUUAAAUGUUACCGGAGCAUCUGUUGUCAUCACUCCUGACUGUCUUCAAUGUAAAACUAUAAACAUUAAUACUUUGUGGUACUGGGUUGGGAUCUUUGCAGCUUUCAAGUGAAGCACAUACUGUUGGGUUGCUCUGGGUGGGAUUGUAAAAAAAAUGUUUUGUCGUUUUGUUCCCCUGGUCUGAUUCUUCCACAACAACCUUUGUGACUUACUGUUUGUAGGCUGAGAGUUUUAUCUUGAAAGAACAGUUAUUUAAAUUGACUUAUUUUCUGAGCUCAUGUUUAGCCUUUUCAAUUCACUUUCUCUUCAAAGAAAAUGUGGAUAUAGUACCUCACCUGACAUGUGCACUGGUGACACCAGUGCAUUAUUCACAACAGGUCUUAAAUAUCUAAAAUAUUUUUUAUGUCUUAAUACUUAUAGAUAUUUUAGAUUGUUUUGAACUUACAAGUAAACUUGUAAAGUUAAAUUUAACCUCCAAAUGCACAGAAAUAUAGUAUUUUGGUACAUUUCCAUUUUUUACACACAUGAGAUUAAGCUUAUAUUAAAAACAUUUGCAGCAUGCAUCCUAACUAAUUAAAUGUAAGGUUUACUUCCUGUUUACAUCCGCCAAUGCAUCAUGGGAACUGUAGUUUAACAUUUUACAGCUUAAUUAUCCUUUAAUGUUUUGGUUAUCAAAUGUUUCACUACUUUUUUGUUAUACCAACAUACACUUUUGACAGUAUAAUGGGGCAAUGCCCGAAACUGAUUAUUUCUUCUGGUUAAAAAAUAUAUCUAUAAACUUUAUUUGACAUCCUUUUUAAGGGAAGGGAGGAGGAAAAGGGGUAGAUGUAGUUAUUUUGUGACAAUUAGAUUUUACAGUAGUGCUGGACUCUUUAUCGCUUUUCGCUCAGUACCUCUUACUGCUGAUAUUUUCUAACUUCCUUUUGGAAUACCAUUCACUGCCAGUGUCUGCGCAGCGGGGUACACAAUACAUGACCACUGUGGCAUUUUCCUUUUUGUUGCUUCUACGUAGGAGACUAAAUAACUGUUGUGGAGUUAUCGAUUCUCCUUGAUCAAGAGGGAACCACACUGUACAGCCAAUGUCGUGAAUCGAGCCCUGGAGGCUGCCGAGAUGUAUCUGUCUGCACUGUGAUCCAUUUUCUAACCAUGUCCUCGGUCCUGAUUGGCCACAAUAAUCUUCAUGUCCUGUCAAUGAGUGUGAUGCCAGAACAACCCUUAUGGCUUCUAAUGGCCUCAAAGUCUGCACGACUGACAAUGAAAAUGACCAAGUCUUCUCUCCAUAAGCUCUUGGUGUAGCUCCCAGCUCUGCUUGGGGUUUUUGCAGUAACACCCCUGAUGUGUCAAUAUGAAGUUCAGCUUCAUAUGGCUUUGUGACAGUUCCCCAAGGUUUGCAACAGACCUGAACGUUGUCAUGAUUUUGUCUCUACUGCAGUUUCAACAAAAGUAUCUACUUCAGGAUCCUGAGAUGCCUUUCUAAAAUCUGUUGUUUACUUGUAUCUCUCUCAUACAACCUAUUUGAACUUUUUCUCACAUUCACACUUAAACUCUAAAUGCAUGUUUUCAUUAUAACAUCAUUAUUAGUAUUUACAAUUAAAACAUUAAGUCACUGCACAUACAAAAAACAUGCAAAACACCCAUAGGUGCUCUUUAUUUCUUGUUCUCAAAUGUGGCAUCCUCAAAAAAGUUAUUGUGUAUGAAACGAACGUUUAAAAAAUGUUAUUAACCUGUUGAGCAGUUCACUACUCGGCUCUCAUCGUUUGUUUCUCGCCACAGGAACCUCGAGCAGUGGAAGGAGGCUGAGAAUCCACGCCAUUAAACAAAGGUGAAAUGAAGACUAAUGUGUUAAAAUGCCAAAGCUGCAGGAGACCCAGCUGAUGCACUUUGUGCGGACGCCAGGAUGACUUCCAUAGCUGCAGCUGGUGACGUGAUGCAGUACCAGGAAGCAUCCAGCAGGAGGACAAGCAGCCCGCAGUCCAGAGGAGGGAUGCACUGUUUUUAAAUUAAAGUGUUAAUAAAUUAUAUUAACCUGA